AUGACAUCGACCGCUUUAGUGUAUAUGAUGACACCAGGUUUGGCCUGUUUCUACGGUGGUCUUGUUGAAAGCAAAAACUUUUUAAAUCAAAUAUUUCUAUCCAUUGUCUGCAUGGCCAUUAUUCCAGUUCAAUGGUGUCUUUUCGGUUACUCGUUUGCCUUUGGUCCAGGAAAUUCAGUUUUCGGCUCGUUCAACUACGCUGCACUACGUUCGUUUGGUCUUAACAAUUUCUAUGGUGAAAACUCAGAUCCAAUGAACUCACUAACAAUUCCAUCAUUAACAUUUGUUUCCUUUCAAUGUGCAUUUGCUAUCAUCACUGCGGCAUUGAUCAGCGGUUCUGUAGUUGGCCGAAUGAAACUCAUACCGUACAUGAUAUUCGUUUUUCUCUGGUCAACAUUUUGCUAUGAUCCAUUGGCAAGAUGGGUCUUUUCCAGACAAGGUUGGCUCAACCGAAUGGGUACAAUCGAUUUUGCUGGCGGUAUAGUUGUUCAUUUUGCCAGUGGUAUAUCGGGGUUGGUCGCCGCUAUUAUUUUGGGCUCACGUUCACACUUCGACCCGGACGUGCUGAAAACAGGUCAAACACAUCUUCCCUUUACUAUGUUGGGCACUGGCAUGCUCUGGGUCGGUUGGAUGGGAUUCAACGGAGGAUCGGCAGUAGCCGCAAACGGUAUUGCUUCAUUAGCCAUCGUCAACACGAAUAUUGCUGCUGCAUCGAGCAUGGUUAUGUGGAUUAUUCUCGAUAUCAUAUUUGGCAAAGUGGCAGGCCAAAAUCUUGGUGUUGUUUCGGUUCCUGGUACCUGUUCGGCUACCGUUGUCGGACUUGUUGUUAUAACACCAGGUGCUGGCUACGUUCAGCCCGGCUACGCUCUGUUAAUAGGUCUAAUCGGUGGCUGCAGCAUUUAUUUGUUUCUUCUAGGUAAAAAACGAUUUUUUCAUGUUGACGAUUCCCUUGAUGUGUUUACCUGUCACGGCUUGGGUGGUUUGAUUGGAACUCUCCUAACCGGAUUAUUUUGUCAGACGGUUGUAAGCAGUGAGGUGAAGAAUGGUGCAUUAUACGGCAAUCCAGUUCAGUUGUGGCAUCAAGUCGCUGGAGUUUUGACUACCUGCGUCUUUUCAGCGGCCUGUACAGCUGCUAUUCUGCUACCUAUGCAUUUUACAAUUGGCAUUCGCAUCGAUCGACUUCAGCAAAUCCGUGGAUUGGAUAAUGUGAUUCAUGGAGUAAUCGACUGCGAACUUCCACAACAAAAACCACCAGUAAAAUUAUCAGUACCGAGACAAGACCGAGGCAAUUUAAGCGUCGAUACUAUGGUCCCGGUCACUGCAUAAUAGACAUCAUUUUCUAAAAUUUCUGUCUGUUGUUCUACUAUUUUGUCGUCAGUGAUGUGUAAAACUAAAUUGGAAACUAUUUUCAAACCCGAUUGAUAUUUAGAACAUCUAAACCGUGAAACUCAUCUGCAAUAGAUAUAAUGAUUUGUGGCAUGUCUCAAACGAAAAUUAGAAUCGAACCAUACCCAAAUCCAAAAAAUAGACCAUUUGGUGUUGUCUGCACGAUAGACGUUGUCUCGACGAAUGAACGCAUUUCGAGAUGUGAAAAUAUUUCUAAAAAGUCCAUAAAUUAUCAUAGAAGGAUCCUUGUGUUUCCUAUACUACUUGCCAGGAUGUGAUGGUUGGGCUUCUCUCCACGCACAGGAUGUGAGUGUGUAUGAAGGUUCCACGCGAGGGUCCUAGGAUUGGAGGAGAUGUGAGGAGGUUUCAAGAAAUCACGAUUGAGGGACGCAAUUUUUUUUUUGCAUCACAUCUUAUGUUAAUGUUUCUUUGUUGGCAUAAAAGGUAACUACUUUUCGCAAGCUUUUGGGAAAAUUUGACUUUUUCCGGCAAAUUUUCAAAAAGAAAAAGCAACUUCAAUGUACAAAAGUUUCUCAAUACUGUCGUCGUAGAAAACGACAAGUCUGGCGAAAACUGUUCUAUAUCAAGCUGUUUCGAAGGAAAGAUUGACUAAAAUAGGAAGUUUAUCGAAGUUAACUGCGAUUACAGAAUUGUCUUUUUUUGCGAAGCGAAAACAUUUCUCAGACGCAUCAAAAACUAUUUUUUUGUUGUGCUGUUCGAGAAGAAAAAGUGUUGCCAUAGCUUUUAAAGGUUUUGCCGCCGAAGGUGGUCACGCUAGUGACUGCUGUUAGGUAGUGAAGCUCUUCAAAAGAAAGACAUAAGUAUAAUUGCGCUAAAAAAAACAGAAAAAAUCAAGAUAACUUAAGGCCAAGUACACUUACGUAGUAGCCGCGUUUUCGCGAAGCGUAAAACUUGAACAUCCCUCAGAAUUUCUAUCAUAAAUUUCAAAAAAUGUUUAUUGGUUUUGUUGGCUACGAAUAAAUAAUUUUCAAUUAUUGGGGGGGGGGGGGGGGAGAUGUACACUUCCCUCUCCCACAUAUCCUCAACAUGAGUUCAUAUCGGGACAAAAGUUCAUCGGUCCUUUCACAAGACCAUGCACUAACUAAAGAUUCAAUUACAAAAAUAGGAGAUUUUUCGAAUGUAUUAAUUAAUAAUUCGGUAAAUAUUGUCGUUUUUCUACUGUGUUUAGAAGUUGCUUUGCAUUAUACUAAUCAUAGCACAUUUUUAUACAAAAACGACAAUUUUUCCGUGAAAAACAUUAAUUAAAGUGAGUAACUAAUUAUAUUCAGUUAUGACUAAUUAAUUCUGUGUGGAGGGGGUAGAAAUGUUCACCCCUAUAUGCUUCAGCACCCCUUUUAGAUCGUGUUUCACAAAGCUAAAAAUACGAGAGAAGGUAGCUAUUUUUCUAUUAACGAGGAAACAUAUGCAAGUGUAAAAUCGCUUUUGAGUCAGAAGUGGGCGCAUCAUGUAGGUCUUAGUGAGCUAUGAAUACCCUGAAAAAAGUUCGGACUGUUGGUUUAUUGCUGCCGAGAUAUUACAUUUUUACGGUAUUCUUUUUUAUCACAAUGCGGUGGUCCCCAUCAGGACUCUCAGAAAACCUAAGUUUUGAAUUUCGACCUGAAACUUUGCACAGUGGUAGACUAUAACGAGAAUAGUUUAUUGUGAAAGCUUCAGAUUUUUUGAUUCCUUCUAUUAUGAAACAAGAACGAAAGAAUAUAUCGGUGUAUAUUGAGAAGUAAAAACGUGCUGUUACCGUAGUCCUGUCUUAGGAUAGCAAGAAUAAAAUGAUCUGAAACUUUUACAAUAAACUCUUCUCAUUAUGAUCUAUCUCUGCGCAAAGUUUCAAAUCGAAAUUCGAAACUUAGUUUUUUGAGGGUCUUGAGGGGAACCACGGCAUUCUAAUAAAAAAUGUCGCAAAAAUACAAUAUCUUGGUAGCAAUAAACCAAUAGCCCGAACUUUUUUCAGGGUAUUCAUAGCUCACUAAGACCUACAUGACGAACAUACUCCUGAUUUAAAAGCGAUUUUACACUUGCAUACGCUCCCUCGUAAGUGUGACAGCAGAUUUUUUAUUUUGUUUCUUUGGUUUCUUGGUAACUAUAAGAGAUUAGCCAACGAUAUUUGGGUGUUUUUUUAGUUGACUAUAUAGUGUAUUUGUGGUAAAAAUUUUAGCUCUUAAGCAAGUAGUGUUCGAAAGAAAACACUAUUUUACUCAAAAUAUGUCACAACAGAGUUUUUUUGUAUCAAAAUAUUACGAUAGACUGAGAUGAUAGAUAUUUGGACGAAACAGAAUUUAAUUGUACCCUAUUUGACUUCAAUCGACUUCUCUCAGACUUGAAUACUCUUCAUACAUUAGAUGACCGAGAGGCCUGAGGAUGGAAUAAGAUGGGGUGUAGAUGAGAAUGUGAAGGUGUCAUCCGCACCCUCACAUCUUUAGGAUAUGCAUGUGUAUGUGUGGAUAAGGUUCUGCAUAUGCUCAUUAGAUUUUCCUUUUUAAAGCGUUUCGAUUGACAUAUGAUAACAAUAUAUAAAUACUCAUUUAGUGAUUUUAUUUUGUCAAAGUAUUUCUAAAGCUAUUUAUUUGAUUGUGUCAAAAAACUUCGGAAACUGCUUUUUCUCAAUAAAACUUGAUUUUUUCCGAAAUGAAAAACUGAUAGUUGGGAAAAUACUUGGUUUAUAUACAACCAAUGGAGCUCUAUCGAACGCACGGCUAAAAUAUUCUUCAUAUUCACUUUUAUUUUUUUCGAUUUUUUCCUUCGAACGGUACAAUACCAGCGCAAUUCACCCACAUAUUCUAUUUUUUUUUGUUUUUAUCAGUAUAAAUAGCGUUGAUCGAAGCAGACACAAUAGAAAUUUUUUACAAUUAUAUUAGCGCUAUAUGUAGUUAAGAAAAUACAAAUCACAUUAUUCACCAAAUUUGAGUUUGUUGAUCAUAUUAUAUGUUCAAAUUGGAUUGUCAAUGUUCAAUUAUUAAUAAAUCACACGUUCAUUCACACAGCAUUGAAGAAUCAAUUCAAUAUUAAGGCUUAAUUUAAUACUUUUCUUUAGGCUAUACCGCUCGGCUAGUUAUGUGUGGGUGAUCAUGUCUUUUCAUCUACACCAAUACCCACACCUAGGAGUGGACCAUUGACAUUAAUUUAAAAUUUAGUUUUAAUUUAUCACUUAACACUUAACAUUAAGUCUUAAGUUUUUUCUAUGAAAUACUUAAUUCAUUAAUAUUAAGUGAUUAAGUGAUUGAAAUGAAGAAAAUAUUAUUUUAUUUUGAAUUCUUUAUCAAAUAAAAGUUAAUUUAAAAUAUACUAAGGCUAAUCCCUAUAAUUUUUCAAGAGCUAUCUAAAGAUGAUCACCAUAACUCUUUAAGGUUUGUCUACACUGAAAAAGAAGGUACCGUACGAAACCCAAAAGAGUUCCGAUUUUUGAAACGAAAUCGAAACCCGUUAAAGUUUCAUAUCCCCAGGGUUUCGUGCACAUCUUUUACUUUCAUUGCUUGAAAAUACGCUUCCAUGCAUUCGCUUCUUAUUACGUUCCAGGCACUACGAUUCCGUUCAUCCAUCCACACUCAAGCACAACCUCAGUUACCUAUAUUUCGAAUCCCUCAUACCUAUUCGUAACCUCUUACUUCUAUAUUCAAGUUACUAUAAUUGUCCUUAACCCUUAUAUGUAUCGUCAAUGUCCUAUAUCUAUAUCUUAACCUUUAGUUCUAUCGUUAACUUCCUAAAACUGAAUCAAAACUCUCAGAUAUCUAUUCUUAACUGCUUAUUUCUAAAACUACAUCCUUGUAUCUAUCGUUACCCUCUUAUUCGUGCAUAUAAUUCCUUAAAUCUAUCAUUUAACCCCUGAUAGCUAUAUCUUUGCCAUUAUAUCUAUUCGUAACUGCUGAAACCUGAGUCUAUACUAUUAUAUCAAUCCCUAACAGCUUAUUACGGUUUGUAAAUCUUCAUAUAUAGUCUCAGCCAUUUGUAUCUAUAUCUAAAUCCGUAUAUUGAUCAUUAACUGCUUAUCCAUAAAUCGAAAUGCUUAUAUGCAUCCUUAACAGCUCAUUCUUAAGUGAAUUUCAUGAAACCUAUUGUUCAUCUCAUUAUUGCUAAAUCAAACCUUUAAAUCCAUCCUUAACUACUCAUUCCUAAAUUUAAACCCUUAUGUCUAUCAUUACAACGUUAUUUCUAUAUCUUAAUGUAUUUAUCUAGCUGUAAGACCUUAGUUCUUUGCCGAACAGUAGUGCUCAUCUGUGAUACAUGAAGUCUGAGAGCUGUCGUGCAAUAUCUAGCAUGAAUUGUAGCGUUUAUGUAAAUACAGCAACACACCAAUGAUGUCAGAUCAGCCCACUGUCUGAUUGAAGAACAUGUGUUCUUGGCAUAGAUGGUAUAAGGAAAAAGCUUGGUUUCCUGCGAAAUCUCUAGACAGUCAGACCUUUAGAUGGUUUGGUAAGAAACUUUUCCGACUAGGAAAGAUGACUUAUGGUUUUCACGAAACUUGAUUGACUACGAAACCUUAAAAGAUUCUGUCGAAUCGGACGAUACCUGAAAAGGUUCCGUACAUGAGGACGAAACCUCAAAAGUUCGGUAAUGUAUUUUUUUUUCAGUGUAGACGUAAUCACUAUAAACUUUUGAAGAUUGCCUGGUGUUCUUCCUGAAGUAGGAGAAUAUUUGAUAACACGGCUGCAUUAAAAGGCAUUUUAAGUAGUUGGGUGUGGGAUGUGGGUGGCGUGUGGGUGUGGGGUGUGGAUGGGGUAUGGGUGGGUAUGCGUGUAGGUGGUGUAGAUGGUGUGGGUGUGGGUGGUGUGGGUGUGGGUGUGAGUGGCUGUGGGUGUGAGUGGCUGUGGGUGUAGGUGUGAGUGGGUGUGGGGUGUGGGUGGAUGUGGGUAUUGAGUGUGGGUGUGGGUGUAGGGCUGAGUGUAGAGUGUGGAUGUGUAUCGGUGUGUGGGAAGGCUGGUGUCUCCAUUUCUACAACACACCCACAACCCACACCCACAACCCACACCCACACCCACACCCACAUCCACACACACCCACACCCGCACCCACACCCACCCACAUCCACACCCACAUCCAUCCAUAUCCGCACCCUUUCCCGAGUUCUAAUAGAAUAAAAAAAAAUAAUCGUUCUAAUCGGAAAUUUUCUGAAUGUUCGAUUCUGUAGAUAAUUUCAAUCUCGCUAUUUUAGUUUAAAAUGCUGUUUUGGUCGAGUGACGAAAUCUUUAAAAUACCAACAGUCUUAUUUAAGCUGACUCAUCGUCU